GAAGAAGAAGAAAAAAAGAAAAAGUUUGGAGCUGGUUAGAAAUGACGCCCCAGAGAGACGCUUCUAAUGGGGAGUGAGUGAAUCAACCCAGCCUGGUCUUUAAAAGUUUCGCAAAGGACGUAGCUCCGUCGUGAGACAAGCAUGUCAAACCGGGAUUCCCUGGGGGUUGGGGAGCUGCUUCCCCAGGACGUGAUCCAUGUCUUUGCCCAGGAGAAGCACAGCAAAAGGGGCCGGAAGAAGCGCCCGCGCUCUCUGGGUCGAGCUUUCAACUGGUUCAAGAGGAAGAAGAGGAAGACCAAUGGGCAGAACCACGGAAUGGGCCCGGCGCUGGACCUGGCCCUGGAUGGACACCGCGCAGGGCAUCAAGGUCGGCACAAGGGAGGGCAGAAGGCAGGGAGGCAGAAUCAUCAGCAUGGAAACAGUCAUGCUGUUCCAAAGGUGGACGAUGAUGAUGAUAAGACUCCAGCUCCCCCUCAGUUCCAGGAGAACGUCUUUGUCGAGAGCAGCAGGUCCAAAUACGUGGAGGACCUCCACACCGAGGCCCUCGAAGGGCUGAAAAUGAUGCAGCAAGAAGAGGAAGGGCAAAUUCCUAAUGAUGGAGUGGAGUAUCCAGACAAUGAAAGCGUAGUUUCGACUGUGACGGUCCAAACAGACGGGGAAAGUGGAGGGUUUGUGACAGACAGCACCAUCGCUGACUCGUCCUCUAUUGUCUCGAGGCAGUCAUCGGUGUCUGCAAGAUCGUCCCGCUCUGGACUCACCAGGCAAGCAUCAACGUUCAGACCUUUGAACUCUGGUAAAAAGUCAGAAAAAAGCAAGACACGAAGACGUCACCGGAGGACAGUCGCGGGGAUUCCACGACAUGUUCAGAAAGAGCUUGGCUUGGAUAGAGCGGCCUGGAUGACGAAUCAGCGGCUGGAUGAAGAACAGUUUUACAAUGGAGAUAACAGCCCUGUGACUGGUAGGCCAGAACAGGAAGCAGGAUCACCAGAAGAACCUGGUGUCAGCCCUCAAGCCGCAAACAUCAUACAUCCACUUAGUAAAGAGAAAGUGGCACAGCUGAAUGCUGCCCAUGCUGCUCAUAGGGACGACCUGGCCCUGCUUCGCCUGAAUCCUCACCCCGGGGAUGAGCGGAGGCCCCGGUCCUUGGCCGUGCCAUGGAUGACUACUGCGUCCAGCCUCCAACAGGACCCCGCCAGCCCUGUCAUGACCAUGUCGCCCCAGGCCGCUUACAUGUCUAAAAUCAUCCCCAACGCCGUGCUGCCGCCCUCUGUCGACGUGGUGGAAAUCAGCCGCAAUCGCAGUCGCAGCAGUGUGCGCACGGUCAGCAAGAGCAGCCUGCUGCUGUCCAGCCCAGCUCCCUCCCGCGCUUCUUCUAGAGCCUCUUCAUCGAGGUCCAUGUCCUCCAACAUCACCUCUGCCUCCCGCUACAAUGGUCCAAACAUGUCUGAUGCCUCGUGUUGGAGCACUUCAGAGUCUUCAGACACCUUAGUAUCUGACUCUUCGACCAUCUCCAGCAGCAGCACCCCUAGACAAAAAAUGCCUCAUGUGAAUAAUUCUGCCAAGGAUAAUAAGGUUAAUGGCGCCUUCCACACCAAGGUGUUGAAGAGGGAGGAAAAAGAUGGACAGCUUGGUCGUAGCCUCUCUGUCAUGAAGGCCAAAAGGGCUCCACCUCCUCCAAGUCGGUCCUAUUCCCUUCACAACAAGGUGAAACUGCGAACACGGGACCUGGCGGAAGUUGCAGUAGAAUCAUCAUCCAUGGGUCAGGAAAUGGAAAGCAAGAACUCUGGGUCAUCCCCAGUGCCCUCCACAUGUGUAGACAGCCCUGGUUAUCACGGAGAUACCAGCUCCCUGGAUGACUCCACAGGCUCAACAUCGUUCACUUUUAAGAAAUCUCAGCUUCAGGCUCCAAAGAUGGAAGAUUCAAUAAAGAAUGCAGCGAUAGAUUGUAAAGAAGCUUCAGAAGAAAAGCAGGGCCAGUUUCAAGUGAGCAAGCAAAGCAAGGUAUUGUCUCCAUCCAGUGGCUACUCCAGCCAAGACGGAACAUCCCCACAACAGCCUCCCAGAGUGUCUCCAAAGCACAAAGCGGGGUUCUUAACAAAGCUUCAAAAGUUAUUCUCUGGGUCUACCUCGGCUAGUUUGGCUCCAUCCCUCCCAACACAGCCAGAGGUUGCUGAAAAAGCUAACUCUACCUGUGAACCUAAACACAACACAGUCAGUAGCAGCGCCUCCGUUCAGAACCUGAAAGAUCUCUUCAACAUCCCUCCCCCGCCCAAAGUCCACGCCCCGCCGCCUCCUCCCCCCGAGGUAUGGGCUCAUAAUAAACGUACAUUUGAGUUACUCCUGGGACCUCCGGCUCCUGAAAACACCUACGCCAUCAUAAAGAAGAAUCCAAAGGACAGGAGACAACAGAGACAGUCCCCCUGUGCGUCUAGAGAAGGAUCUGUGAAGGGCUUUGUGGUAGAAAGAAAACACAAGAGCACGGCGGUAACAGUAGAGCCCGUAAAUGAGUCGCUAGUGGCAAAGAAAGUUCCUGAAAGUGGGGAUUUGAAUGUAGAAAUUCACAAAGAGAAAGGUGACGGUAAGGAAGAGAAAGUGAGAGCAAGUGAUAUAUUAAACGGGAUGUUAGUGAAGGCUGUAGAAAAACGUCAGGAAAGGUUGGCAGUAACGACGGAGGAAAAAGGUCAGAAAGCUUCCAGUCAGGCGACAGAGGGAAUGACGAACCCUGGUACAUUAACCACCAUUUCAAUAACAAAAAUGUCUUCAUCGUCGUCUCCUCCAUCGGUAGACGGUCCUCUCCAACCCACCAUGCAGACCACUGAAGCUUCCACAUCCGUGCAAGUUGUUUCUCCUGAAUCGUCCUGGCCUCCCCCUCCUCCGCCAAUGGCUCAGGUUAGCAUCAAUGGAGCCGAUGCACUAGAGUUUCCACUUCCACCUCCCCCAUUGUUUGGUGAGGAGACAAUGCCUCUAUCACCAGGCAUCCCUCCUCCUCCGCCCUAUAUAGCUCCCUCUCGACCAACUGCUCAGAUUGAAAAGGCCUCUCUGUUGCCUAAAGAGUCCUCUGUAUCUGCUUCACCCGUUAAAGAAGUCCCUCAUCUUCUGCCGAACGUAACGGUUUCCUCUCCGCCCCCUAAAGACUUUACUCUAAACGCUCAAGAAACAUCUCAGUCCGCUGAAAAGGCAGCACCUCUAAACAAGCUUGCUGCACCUCAAAGUAUUCCACCUGCACCACCCCUACCAACACAGCUCCAACCCUCAGAGCAGGAGAUGGAUCAUCCAGACAUCCUACCGAAACCUGACAAUAACGAUUUACCGAACAGUAUUUUAAUUCCCCAGCAGACUAUUCCUUCCCCUCCUCCUUUAGAGCCUCUGCUCAAACCUUCAACUGAGGAUUCAGGAGGUGAUGAGGCACCAAUUUUACCACCAUCCGAGUUCAGAAACACUCCUUCGUUGAAUGAGGCAGAAAAACUCGCUCCUACACCACCGAUUGGCAUUCCUUUGCCUCCACCUUUGCCAGCACAGCUUCCUGCAAGCAGUAACAACAAAUCCGGUGUUCUCAGCACAGAAAAUGAAAAACAAGCCCCAGUCUGUGCAUCUGAUGUAGGUAGGGAACAAACUGCUAUCACCCCCUCCCUCCUGAAAAUGGUCAAGCUUCGGUCUGUUGACAACAGCCCUGAACCCCCCGAAGUUCAAGACCAGGCGUCUGCUAAAGGUGUCCACGAGGAACCCCCUACCGUUGUAACGUCAUCUCUUCUGCAGAUGGUCAAGCUUCGGUCUGUGAACAACAGCCCUGAACCCCCUGAAGUUAGCACAGGUGUAAAAGAGGAAGCAUCGCCAUCUUUUCUCCAGAUGGUAAAGCUUCGUUCCAUCAACAACAGCCCAGAACCAGCUGAAGCCACCAAGGAUGCAAACGAAGAACCAGUGUCUAAAGCCACCCCAUCCUCUCUGCAGACGGUCAAGCUUCAGCCUGUAAACGACAGCACCCAACCACCUGAAGCUCAAGAGCAACCAAAACCCAAAGCCCCAGUGAGCCAACAGCUCCCCGACAAAGAGCUCCCAACCUCGUCGUCCAGCAGCGAGGCUCCUCAGAAGCCCAUCAGAAAAUCUCUGAUCAUGACCACGCCCCCAUCCACAUCUCCACCUGCCACCAUCACCUCACAGCCAACUCUGCCCCAGUCUCAGUCUGUCGUAGUUCCAGCCACGACUUUACAAACGGUUGUCUCUCCAAUGAAAAAGUCUCCCCCUUCCACAACCUCUUCUGGCUCCAUGAACCUGCAAGAGGCCAUCCGCCUCAGGACCGCCGCCAGAUCAAAAGAGGGCCGCGCCUCCCUCCUCUCGCCUUUGUCCCCCCAAGACUACCGUAAGUCGCCGACCAGCACCGCAAGCUUCAUCUUCUCCAAAAGCAACAGAAAGUCAGCGAUUGAGACAAAGCAAAAGCAGGAGGAGAAGGAAAAUGUACAAAACAACGCGGAGGAUUUCGCUAAGACAAUGGUGACGAGUGAAGGGGAGCCAAAGAUGGGAGGGAAAGUGCCGCCCCCUGUGGCAAAGAAACCAAAAUCAAAGGGUAAAGAGGCCGAGACCACUGAUGCUGUGGAGCAAACUGCAGGUCAGGAAGCACAGCAAGAUGGUCUCAAAGAUGCUACAGAGGAAAUGAACGGGACAGCAGGUACUGUUUAGGGCCGGGACAUAAUCAGAAUGGUGGCAAAGCCUGGCGGAGACCUUGGAAGGACUAAAUAACGCCGACUUCUUUAAUGCAAGUGUUUGAGAAACAUCUGGAUUUCAAUCGACGAGGAUCUUGUUUUCAGGAGUCAUGCAUUAGGAAGUUUCAGUUUCACAGUAAUGGUGUGGGUCUUCAUUUUCAUAAGUAAUCAGUUUGCAUUUUUAUGAAAGCAGAUGAUGUGUAUUUUCCUUGCCAGAGGGUCUUUUGUGCUUUAUGUUGCUAAAAAUGUGGAGUGAAUGUGCUGCCCUCUAGCGUCUGCAAGUGGUUUCACCACUUACCAAAGAUGUCCUGCUGAAUCAAAGCUUUAGUCUUUGCUUGUAUCAAGGGGAUUUUGGGGAAAUGAUUUGUGUUUAUAGAACAUUUUGUUUAUUUAACAUAUCGAAUAAUUGUUGAUGUGUUCCACAGAGUUCUGUAUAUUUUCCCAAAGAGUUUCAACGGCAAUUAUAUUUGUUUAAAAAAUAUAUUAAGUUAUUUCUUGUUGUUGCAUUGGGUCUCGCCCCGGAGAGGAUUCAGCAAUAAGUGCAAAGAUUAUUGUUUAAACUUGCUGUUUGUGUAGAGGAACAACCAUCACUUGGUAUAUCAGAAAUCCCACAUUUUUAAAUAUGUACGACAAGGUCAAGUACAAAUAUGCACAUAAAGCAAUGCAAAUCGUUAUGAAGCCCAUUUCCUGCUGCUUUUAGUUACUGAUGAUGGGGCCAAUGCCUUUCCCUCACAGUUCCAACUAAUUUUUGUUGUAUCAUGAAAUUUCUAACUGGUUUUAGAGGCUGUAAUGGAUGAUAUAAUCAUUUAUAAAGAAAAUUAAACACUUGUGUACAAA